AUGACUCAAACAAGAAGUGUUUAUGUUGGUUAUAGAAGAUUUUUACCCUAUGAGCAUCCGUUCAGAAGGCAGAAGGGGGCAUUUGUGCGCGAAAACAAAGAGUGGGAGACUGCUCCAGAACCAAUGACCGCAAUGGGGAAGAAAUAUAUGAGGAGAAAAAUAUCAAAAGAAGUCGAUAGGUCAGGUGAGGAAGAGGAAGGCAGGGAAACCACUUACUGGAGCAAGUACAACAUAUGGCAGCGACUACUUAGAUAUUGGCGCUAUAAUGAUGUCCAACAUUGUAUUGAUUUCAUGCAUGUCGAAAAGAAUGUGGGACAAAGUCUUGUUGGAACGUUGCUGCACAACGGGAAUACAAAAGAUGGAUUAAACGCCAGAAAGGAUUUGGUGCGUUUGGGGUUAAAAUCGGAGUUACACCCUAAGACAGAUGACAAAGGAACGAUACUUCCCGCAGCAUGUUAUACAUUAACUACGGAAGAAAAAGACAUAUUCUUGGAGACACUAUCCGAGUUAAGAGUUCCAGAAGGGUAUUGUUCGGAUUUUUCCACCCUUGUGAACCUAAAAGAGCGUAAGCUGAUCGGACUCAAAUCACAUGAUUACCAUAUGCUUAUGCAACAAUUUUUGCCCGUCGCUAUUCGAUCAAUUAUGCCUACACCUGUGAGAUAUGCUAUUAUCAGGGAAGUGAAGUUAUGCGGUCCGGUUUGCUUUCGAUGGAUGUAUCCUUUCGAAAGGUGUAUGAAGGUUAUAAAGGGGCAUGUGCGAAACAAGAAUCAACCUUGUGGAUGCAUUGCCGAAGAGAAUGUUGCAGAAGAGACGAUUGAGAUAUAUUGUGAGUACCAUAAAAGCAUCAGGACAAUUGGUAUUCCACUAGAUAGGCAUAAUACAUCUCAGGAGGGAGAACCGUUAUCAGCUGAAGAGCCGUGUAUAGUUACCCCUGAACAGUUGAGACAAGCACAUUUCUAUGUAAUGCAGAACACGCCUGAAAUUGAGCCUUACAUAGACCGACACAAGCUAUAUUUGGAAACUAACUAUUCUACUAAAAAGCGAGCAUGGCUAGAGAAAGAGCACUCUAACACUUUUGGCGCUUGGUUAAAAAAUGAGGUUGAAAAAGAGUUGGCAGACGACAGAGAAAGUAUCUCAGAGAACUUAAGAUGGAUAUCACACGGCCCGCACUACGAGGUAACGAAAUACACUGUAUAUCGCAUCAAUGGAUAUCUAUUCCGCACAAGAUCCCGUGAUGGUAGAAUUCACCAGAAUAGUGGGGUUAGCGUUGCAGCAAAUGACAUGCACAUAUCUAGAGAUGAUGAUGUUACAUAUGGUAAAGCCUCUUAUUAUGGUGUCUUGCAAGAGAUAUGGGAGUUAGAUUACUGUGAAAGAAAAGUUCAUCUGUUCAAGUGCAAUUGGGUUGAUAAUAAACGUGGGGUCAAAAGAGAUGCUCUUGGCUACAAGAUUGUUGACCUUACUAUGUUGGGAUACAAAAAUGAUCCUUUUAUUUUAGCCUCACAAGCUAAGCAGGUAUUUUAUGUCAAAGACCAGUUAGAUAAGAAAAAUUCUAUUGUUUUUGUGACACCUCCCAAAAAUUAUAGAGAUGACGAUGGCAACGAUGAGGAAUUCAGUACAGUAAUCUUUUCUGGGAAUGAUAAUAUCUUGCCGUCUGUAGAUCCACAAGACUUGGGUAAAGAAUCCCGAAAUGAUUACUUCCGAACUGACUGCCGAGGUUUACUUAUACGCAAGCCAAAAUGA